AUGCCAGAACAAGAUACAAAGGAAGUUAAAAGGCCAGAAUUACCUCCUUUCACAUUGAGAAAUGUGCUAAUGGAUAUUUAUAAUGGUGUAUUGGCUUUAUUCACUGAUCCGUUCUGUACUAGAAUCGUUUGUCCAGUCGUGAUUGUAUUGACAUCGUUAUUAUCGAAGGCCAUAAUAUAUAAUGUUCCUUAUACAGAAAUUGACUUCAAGACAUAUAUUCAGCAAAUUCAAAUAAUUAACGAUGGAGAACUUGAUUAUUCGUUAGUGAAGGGAGACACAGGUCAAAUUGUUUAUCCUGCUGGAUUUGUACAAAUCUAUCAAGUCCUUAACUGGCUUACCGAAGAGGGUACUGACAUUCACGCAGGUCAAACGUUAUUUGGAUAUUUGUUGGCCUUAACUAACUUUUUGGUUAUAAUAGUCUAUACAAUGACUCCUAAUUUUCAACCAUGGCCAGUUUAUCUUUUGCUUUUGAGUAAAAGAUUAUUCUCUAUUUACGUGCUUCGAUUAUUCAAUGAUUGUUUUACUACAGUUUGCAUGAUCUCCGUGACAAUUUUGUUACAGCAGGCAGCAUACUGGUAUAAGAAAGGCGGAAGUUCAAUCAGUUUUUUGUUGACCAUCGUCGCUGCUGAUUUAUACAGUAUUGCAAUUUCUAUAAAGAUGAAUGCUUUGUUGUAUCUCCCUGGUUUCCUCAUAGUUGCAUAUUUCUUAUGUGGUGAAAAUCUAUUCAAGUUUGGAGCAGUAUUGUUGGUGAUUCCAAUUGUUCAGGUUCUUACGGGAUGGAAGUUCUUGUUACCGUUCUUUUAUGACGAAGAAGCUUCAUACAUUAGAUGGAACUAUAUCAACCAAGCCUUUAACUUCAAUAGAAAGUUCUUAUAUGAAUGGACCGUAAAUUGGAGAUUUAUUUCUGAAGAAUUUUUUUUAUCAGAUACUUUUACUAAUGGGUUAUUGAUAGCUAACGCUUCAAUACUAAUCUUUUUCGUUUUUACAAGAUUUAUUUCGCCCAAGAUAAUUGGGAAACCAAUAUCUCUUCUUAUAAAAGAUGGUAUAGGUAGACCUUUGACUAACUCAGUUAAUUAUAACAAUUUGUUGAUAGAUCCGAAGCAUGGACCAAAACUUGUUAUGUUGAUACUAGGAUCCACUAAUGUCAUAGGCAUUUUAUUUGCAAGAUCUUUACACUAUCAAUUUCUUUCAUGGUAUUGUUGGCAAUUACCCUUUAUGCUCUAUAUGACUGGUUGGAGUUUGCUUAUCUCCUUCCCUCUCUGGGCAAUACAUGAGUGGUGUUGGAAUGUAUUUCCAUCUACAUCCUUAAGUUCAGGCUUGUUGAUAAGCAUCCUAGUUAUUGUAUUAUUUGGAGUAUGGUACAAUACGAGCGAAUGGUUCCCUAGCCCGUCAGUUGACGAGACUGUUAACAUUGACGCAUCAGGCGAGUCUAAAAAGGACAAAUAG